GGGGCGACACCGGCAGCGGGGACGGUGUGGCGCCGCGGGACACUGCGGCCGGUGGGAGGGGGAGGAAGGCGGCUCGCUUCCACCCCCGCUGCUCCCUAGGCGCGCUUGGCCGAACCGUUUGCAGUCGCGACCCGCCGGCGGGAGGCGGCGGCCGAGGAGGAAGAAGAUGCCGGGGAAGCUGAAGGUCAAGAUUGUGGCAGGGCGCCAUUUGCCAGUGAUGGAUCGCGCCAGCGACCUGACUGACGCCUUCGUGGAGGUGAAAUUUGGAAAUACCACAUUUAAGACAGAUGUGUAUCCCAAAUCACUCAAUCCUCAGUGGAAUUCUGAAUGGUUUAAAUUUGAAGUAGAUGAUGAAGAACUACAAGAUGAACCUCUCCAAAUCACAGUUCUUGAUCAUGAUACGUACAGUGCUAAUGAUGCCAUUGGCAAAGUGUACAUAGAUAUUGAUCCUUUGCUCUAUAGUGAAGCAGCCACAGUUAUAUCAGGAUGGUUUCCCAUUUAUGAUACCAUCCAUGGUAUACGUGGGGAGAUCAAUGUGGUGGUGAAAGUAGAUCUCUUCAAUGAUUUGAACAGAUUUAGGCAGUCAUCCUGUGGAGUCAAAUUUUUUUGCACUACAUCUAUUCCCAAGUGUUACAGAGCAGUAAUAAUCCAUGGAUUUGUGGAAGAACUUGUAGUUAAUGAAGACCCAGAAUACCAGUGGAUAGACCGAAUUCGUACACCACGGGCAUCAAAUGAGGCUAGACAAAGACUCAUUUCACUAAUGUCAGUUCACGUUCUAUGCUAUUUUGGAAGAUUCUUUGUCCUAACUGAUGGUGAACUGCAAAGGAAGAUUGGCUUGAAGGUACUUGAAAUGAGAGGAAAUGCUGUUGUUGGUUAUUUGCAGUGUUUUGAUUUGGAGGGAGAGUCUGGACUAGUAGUACGAGCCAUAGGAACAGCCUGUACCUUGGAUAAAUUAAGUAACACAUCAGCAUUCUUACCUGCAUGUAACUCCCCAUCCAAAGAAAUGAAGGAGCUUCCCUUCAAUGAAGAUCCCAAUCCCAAUACUCAUUCAUCAGGACCCUCCACCCCUCUGAAAAACCAAACCUAUUCCUUUUCACCUUCCAAGUCCUACAGUCGACAGUCCUCUUCUUCUGACACAGAUUUGAGUUUGACACCCAAAACUGGAAUGGGCAGUGGGAGUGCUGGAAAAGAAGGGGGGCCAUUUAAAACUCUGUUAAGACAACAGACUCAGUCAGCUCUGGAACAAAGGGGAGGAUCGCCUCAUAGGUUCUGUAGAAGGCGGGAAUUUCCAUUUUUUACCUUGACGGCCUUUCCACCAGGCUUCCUUGUCCAUGUUGGUGGUGUUGUCAGUGCACGUUCUGUGAAGCUCUUGGAUCGCAUUCACAAUCCUGCCUUUGUCGGAAUUAUGGGUAACACAAGAUCAUACAAACUGCUAGACUGGAAUAGUUUCAAUUCAGAUGAACCAGAGACACGAGAUGCAUGGUGGGCAGAAAUCAGACAAGAAAUAAAAUCCCAUGCCAAGGCAUUGGGUUGUCAGGCUGUAGUGGGCUACAGUGAAUCAACUAGCAUUUGCGAAGAGGUCUGUAUUUUGUCCGCGUCUGGCACAGCAGCUGUACUGAACCCUAGGUUUCUUCAGGAUGGCACCAUGGAAGGCUGUUUGGAACAAAGGUUGUCAUGGCAGCCUGGCUUCUUUUCCAUAGGGUCAGAGAAGGGAGAGGUUGAUUUUUUUCCUCACAGCCAAGAUAGUUCUUCUCUAUUAGGGAUUGAAGAAACUUCACCACCAGGUUGUGGAUUUUGCCAUAUACCAUAUGAUGAACUGAACAUGCCAUUCCCUGCUCACCUCACAUAUUGUUACAACUGCAGGAAGCAAAAGGUUCCCGAUGUCCUUUUCACUACAAUUGAUCUCCCUGUAGAGGCAAUCGUUAUUGGGAAGGGAUGUCUUAUUCAAGCCAGGUUAUGCCGUCUAAAGAAGAAAGCUCAAGCUGAAGCAAAUGCAACAUCUAUCAGUAAUCUCUUGCCAUUUAUGGAAUAUGAAGUGCACACCCAACUGAUGAAUAAACUUAAACUCAGAGGAAUGAAUGCUCUGUUCGGGCUGAGGAUACAAAUCACUGUGGGUGAAAAUAUGCUAAUGGGGUUGGCAUCUGCAACAGGUGUCUAUCUAGCAGCUUUGCCAACACCUGGUGGUAUUCAGAUUGCGGGGAAAACUCCAAAUGAUGGCACCUAUGAACAGCAUAUAUCUCACAUGCAGAAAAAGAUAAAUGAUACAAUAGCAAAAAACAAGGAGCUUUAUGAGAUCAAUCCACCAGAGCUACCUGAAGAGAUCAUCGGUUCUCCUAUUCCAGAGCCCAGACAACGUUCCAGGCUGUUAAGAUCUCAGUCCGAAAGCUCUGAUGAAGUUACAGAGCUAGACCUUUCGCAUGGGAAAAAGGAUGCUUUUGUCUUGGAGAUUGAUGAUACAGAUGCAAUGGAAGAUGUACAUUCUCUACUGACAGAUGUUCCACCACCUUCAGGUUUUUACAGUUGCAACACAGAAAUUAUGCCUGGUAUAAAUAACUGGACUUCCGAUAUUCAGAUGUUCACAGCAGUGAGAGUAUCCAGAUUAAGCAACAUAAACCUGACAAAUCAAACACUUAAUAAGAACUUUAAUGAUCUCUGUGAGAAUCUGUUGAAGAGUUUAUAUUUUAAACUACGAUCUAUGAUUCCCUGCUGCCUUUGUCAUGUAAAUUUUACAGUUGCUCUUCCAGAGGAUGAAUUAGUUCAGAUCACAGUCACAGCUGUUGCAAUUACAUUUGACAAAAAUCAAGCAUUACAAGCUAAUAAAGCCCCUACAGAAAAAUCACAGCAAAGAGCAUCUACGGACAAUGAAGAACAGCUACAAUUUCCAUUGGAACUUUGCUCUGAUCCCCUUGCUUCUCAGCCAUUCUCACCAGCUAAAGAGGUCCUGGAGGGUGCAAGUUCCCACACAGGUAUUCCUGCUACACAGAGAGCAACGUCAAUUGAUUACAGUUCCUUUGCAGACAGAUGCAACAGCUGGAUAGAGCUCAUUAAACUGAAAGCUCAGACCAUAAGGCGCGGAUCAAUUAAGACAACUGCUUCACUUGAUAAAGCAAGUCCAUUGGCUGAGGGACACUUACGGCACCGUUCUGUUCCAUCAUGCACCAAUUCUACAGUCUCAGUUGUUAAGAUGACACCUCUUUCUUUUAUACCUGGGGCAAAAAUAACCAAAUAUCUUGGGAUAAUCAACAUGUUUUUUAUACGAGAAACCACUUCUUUGCGUGAGGAGGGUGGUGUCAGUGGUUUUCUCCAUGCUUUCAUUGCUGAAGUGUUUGCAAUGGUGAGAGCUCAUGUGGCAGCUUUAGGGGGGAAUGCAGUUGUCUCAUACAUAAUGAAGCAGUGUGUUUUCAUGGAGAACCCAAACAAAAAUCAGGCCCAGUGUUUAAUAAAUGUAAGUGGAGAUGCAGUCAUCUUUGUACGUGAAUCUGAGUUAGAAAUGUUACCAGCACAGCCUUCUACAGCUGUUUCUCAACCCACAAGUUCUGGAGGAGACGUCACAACAUGAAGUCAGAAAAAGUGAAAUAGGCUCUGGCAAAUACAAAGAUUGUUUAAAAUGUGGGAAUUUUAAGUCUGCAUCUUCAAAAUCAGUAUCUCUCCACAACAUUAAUGACCAAAAUCAAAGACAAUCACUGCACUUUGUCUUUCAACUUUAUGUAAUAAUCAGGGCAGGGUAUUGGCAGGGAUGUUCUGCUGCUUCUUUUAUUAUCACAGGCCCCUUUGAAGUACAAACAGAAGAUGGAACACUGAUAUGGAAGUAUAGAUUAAAAUAGUAGACAGCAAGUGAAACUAUGAAAGUAAAUAAAAAUGUUACUGCAUUUUUAAACUGUUCAACAGGACCAGGAUGAGCUAUAAUCCAGAACAGUCUCUAAGUUUGCUUAUUGUAUUAAUUAAUUCUGAGAUCAUUAAAAUAACAAAAUAAAAAAGGGAAGAUAAUUGAGAAGCCUGCAUUAGCAGCCACUGUUGAAAGAGCAAGAGAUUUGUGGACAGGUUAAUAAGAAGUGGAAUGAAGUCUGAACUUGUCUUGUAUCAUAGAGUUUGGAGAAGAAGUACCAAAAAUAUCACAGUUUGAAUUUCUGCACGCUAAAAAAGUCUUUCAGCUGUUUGUGAACUACUGAAUAUUUUUUGUUGUAAAGCAUUUUUUUUAAGUUGCUGGACAAUGAUGCUGUAUUGUAAUAAUCCAUAUGGUGAAAGAAAGGGGGUUUUUGUUUGUUUGUUUUUUUAAUGUGGGUUAGGUGCUAUUAUAAAAAAAAAAACUCAUUUCAGUGUUGAUAAAGAUCUUUUUUUUUCCCUUUUUUUUUUUUUUUUUUGAAAGAUAUUUCUGCAAAAACUGUCUUGAGGCUGAUUUUCUUUUCUUAGGGCACAAUCCUCUUGCAAGGGUGACAUAAACAAGGUUCUUUAAAAGUCACUUAUACAAAGGUGUAAUCCGGCCUCCUUUCUAUUCAGCAAGUUGAGAAGCCUGGCUAAUAGGGGCUAAAGUAUGUUUGUGAUGUUCAUUCCUCCAAGUUGUCUGUCUUUUCCUGUACUAUAACUGGGAAAUGAGGGUAGUGCAAGGAAAAACAAGUUUUGAUUUCCAGCAAAUCUCUGAAAGACAUUGGUAGAUUAAUAUAAAAAAUGCAAACAUUUGAUUUGAAGAUGCAUUCUUACUUAAUUCUGACAGCAUCAUACAUGGAACUUGAACAAAUAUGUAAACUUGAAUGUAAAUACUCUGCUUAGUGCUGAAAUUAAGCAAUGGUAUGAUUAUUUGUUAAAUCUAAUUAUUUCAUUGUAAAUCAGCAUGAAAAUCAUUCUUUGCACAAUAAAUUUCUGUAUAAAAUGUCUUGCUUUUUAUAUGUGUAAUAGUUAAAUGUGUAUGCUGGAUGCAUAUUAAAGAUGUCCCACCCCCA